AUGGCACAAUCUUGUAGAGACAAAAAGUUGACUGGAGCGGAUACGUUUGAAAGUUUGUCUGAAGUUUUCCGCUGCUUUAUAUGUAUGGAGAAGCUUAAUAACGCUCGUUUGUGUCCACACUGUUCGAAGUUGUGUUGCUACAAGUGUAUAAGAAAAUGGAUCACAGAAACACGGUCUCAGUGCCCUCAUUGCCGGGCUUCGUUGCACAUUUAUGAAUUAAUUAAUUGUCGUUGGGCUGAUGAAGUUACUCAACAGUUGGAUAAUUUGCAAUCUCAAGCUACUUCAUCUAGAUCUGGUAGUGGUCAAAAUGACUUGCUGGGAGGAGCAUCAGUUAAUAGUACAUUAUCAACAUCUAGUACUGAGGUUUGUGAAUUGCACAAUGAACGCUUAUCUGUAUUUUGUACAACAUGUGGCUAUGCUAUCUGUCACCAAUGUGCAUUAUUUGAUAAUGAUCAUGAACAGCAUUCAUUUCGUCCAUUAGAUGAUGUUUAUAAUGAACAUGUAAAACAGAUAAAGAAUGAAAUGGAUCAAUUUAAACGUAGACAUUUAGAAUUAAUAUCAUUACUUCAAGAUGUUGAGAAGAAUGUACAGGCUGUAAAACAAGCCAAAGAAGAACGUGUUCGAGAAUUACGCAAUGCAGUUGAAUUAAUGGUAGCGCGUUUAGAUUCACAACUAAAAUCGAAACUAGUUACUCUAAUGAGUCAACGUAGUCAAUUAUUUCAAGAAAUUGAAUCACUUGAAAAUCUUUUACAUGAUGUUCAAUAUGCGGUAGAUGUUGCGAAACCGUCUGAAAUGGUAGAACGUUCAUCUGAAAUUUUAGCACUGCUUAGUGAUGUACAUUGUAAACCUAUGGCUUCGUUUGUUAGUGCGCCUGUACCAGCUGACUUUGUAAGUGAAAUUGUACCUCCUUAUGAAUCGAGUACAUUCACACUCCAGCCUUAUUCCAUUAUGAAACAAAGAGCUGAUCCUGUAUAUAGUCAACCAUUACAUGUAGGUGGUUUAAGCUGGCGUCUUAAAGUUUAUCCAGAUGGGAAUGGUGUUGUACGUGGUAAUUAUUUAUCGGUGUUUUUAGAAUUGUCUGCUGGAUUAUUAGAAGCAUCCAAAUAUGAAUAUCGUGUAGAAAUGGUUCAUCAACAAUCUCGUGAUCCUAGUCGCAAUAUUGUACGUGAAUUCGCUUCACAUUUUGAAGUUGGUGAAUGUUGGGGUUAUAAUCGUUUCUUCCGUUUGGACUUAUUAGUUAAUGAAGGUUAUUUAAAUAGUGAAACAGACUCGAUACUACUUAAAUUCCAAGUAAGAGCGCCAACUUACUUUCAAAAAUGUCGUGACCAAAAUUGGCAUAUUUCACAACUUGAAGCGAAUCAAGGCCAUUGUUUUACGCAGUUAGCUGAAUUAAAGGAACGUUUAUCUAUUGAAGUAGCUAGACAAACAAAUAUUAUUUCUGUUGCUACUACUAAUACUGCUACUGCUCCCUCUCCCAAUACUGAUAUUUUUAAUUCAACUGUUGUUACUACAACAAGUAGUACUUCUGUUAUUUGUCUACAGUCAACAGAUGCAUUAAAACCUUCAAGUUGUCUCUCGGAUCCCACUUCUUCUUCUUCUGCAAUUAGUCAGUCAAAAUAUAUUAUGACAACUCCUUCUCCACUUCAGCUUCAGUCACCAUUAUCAUUGCUUACACAACCUAUUAAUGAAGAAUUUACUGAUAAUUAUACUAAUGAGUCGAAUAAGUAUGUAGCAUCUGUUCCAGAAAUGAAAAAUCAAGAUUGUAUAAACAUGGAUCGAAAUGAUUGUAUAUCUCAGUGUUGUUUUAUAAACAAUGAAAAUAACACUUCUAUUAGGGAUCAUUUAACAAAUAGUGCAAAUCAUACACGGUCACUGAGUGGUGUCAGUAAUAAUAAUAAUAAUAAUAAUAAUAAUAAUAAUAAUAAUAAUAAUAAUAAUAAUAAUAAUAAUAAUAAUAAUUUAACUAAUGAAGAGGUUGAUGAUUGUUUAACUACGAUCAAUAUGUUGAACUCAAGAACUACCGAUGUCAACAAGGAAUACGAUGAACAGCUCAAUGAAUUACAAACGAAUUCAAUUGCCCAGUUAUCUAUGGACAUUUCAGAGCCAUUAUUAAAUUUAAUUUUGACCGCAAACCAGCAAGAACAACCUGUAAUAAACUCGUCGAUUUUAUCAAGUUUGGAUAUCAGUCAAUUAACUGCUUCAUACAGUAAUGAGGAUAAUAAUCAUAACAACAAUAAUGUCAAUAGUGAGGAAGAUGUCUUGUUUAUUGAUUCAAGUAAAUAUUUUAAUACUAGUGAACAGUUAAUGCCUCAUGAGGAUGUUGAUAUAGAAUCUACUCAUUUCAGUGAACCAAUCUCUUAUGGUGGUGAUGAUGAAGGGGAAUAUGGUGAUGGCGACUCUGAGAACAACAAUAACAAUGAUGAAGGUGGUGUUGACGAGGUAGAAAAAAUAGACGAUGAUGAUGACGAAGUGGAUGGAGAUGAUGGUGGUGAUGUUGGUGAAGAUGAUGAUGUAGAACAAACGGAGAAUGAUGAAGAUAAUGUUGGUGGUAGACGACAAAAUUCCAUGUCGAAACUUCACAACUAUACAAAAUCGAAUAAUGAUAUGGAUAAUAGUUUAAUUGAUGAUAAUGACGACGUUGAACAAAUUAGACAAACUAUACAUGAUUAUGACACAGUAUCACAAACAUCGGAGAUUCUCUCGGAUCAUGACAGCUUGCAAUCGAGUAUUGAUUCAAAUAAAUUAUUGUUGUUAAAAAGUAAAUUUAUGAAUAAACCGAAAAAUUCAUUAAGUAUCAUAGAUUCAAUUAAGGCAUUGAAAAGUCAAAAGUCAACUAUUGCUGCGACUACAACAAUUACUACUCCGAAUACUAAUAAUGAUAUUAUACCAAUGACAGAAUAUGAGUGUAAUCUUAUAACGGAUGUUGGUAGUGAUAUAAACUCAAGUUAUGAUGAUUAUGAAUAUCAUGCUAGAAAUAGGAAUACAAUUGAGGAGCUUUUAAAACUGCCUGGUCUACGAUCUACCAAUGGUAGUAUUAGUAAUAAUAGUAAUAACAUCAGUAAUAAACGAAAGGUAAACCAAACCUCACGUCAUCCAUUAUGGUUUAAAUUAUCUACAAAGGAUAAACCAAAAUUACAGUUCAGUGAGGCAUCAACGAGUCGGUUCAAUAAUGACAAUAAAUUACAAUGCAAUUUCAAAGAACAAAAACCAUUUUCUAUUAUUCCAACACAGAUGAUAGACAACACACAUAAUACUAGCAGUAAUAAUAAUUGCAAUAACAAUGAACUAGAUAUGGACUCUUCACCUAGAUCAAUUUUUAGCGAAAAGUUGAAUGGAUGUCAAUCCUCUUCAAAUUAUCAACCGGGAAUAGUUAGUAAAUCAAAUUGGGAAAGAAAAACCAAAGAUUCCAAUAUUUGCAGUGAGAUUACUUUAAUUCAUCCUAAGUUAUGUGCUUCAUCAUCGUCAUCCUUGUCAUCCUCACAUUCGUCAUCGUAUGGAAAAACAAUAUCAGAAAGUUAUUUAUUGAGGAAUAAAAACUUUAAAAGUUUAUCCAAUCGUCGUUUAACUGAUUUUAGUCAUCACUAUCAUCAUGAACAUUCUCAACGAUCUCAGUGUAGUAAGUUAAAACCUUUACCUCGAUAUCAUAAAGACAAUAUGAGACCAUUGUCAUUGGUAACAACUGAUCAAGUUCCAUCCUGUAGUAAUCAUACAUCAUCUUAUGUAUCUUCUAAAUGUAAACAAUCUAAUCAACUAAGCGGAAAUGGUGUACAAAAAGAACUAUUAACUAAUAGGUCUAUUACAAUCAACUGUAAUAGGAAUGAAAACAGUAAUCAAUUGAGAAAAAACAACAACAAUGCUAGUUCAUCAUUGUCACCGUCGAUAACAGCAGUCAAAACAACCAUGAAAUGCUCUGAUCAUUUGCAACCUGAUAAAUUGUACCAUUUCUCAUCAAUAUGUAAUGAUCCGACUAAUCUGAUGGUGAAGACGACUACAAAAAUAAAACCGUCAGGACAGAUUACAAAAAAUGCAAUUCAGCAUUUAGAAAAUGAUAUUGAUGAAAAAACAAUGACAGGAGAUCGUGAUGUAAGUGAACAUGUAUUGAAUAAUCGACGUUUUUGGGAGGAUUCCAAUUUUAAGACUAAUAAUGAUGAUAACAGUGAUAAUAGUAACAAAAGUAAUAAUAAUUAUGAGAAAUUGUUUAAUUCAUCAUCAUGUUCAUUAGUAAAUAACCAUGAAAAUGGAGUAUUUGUUAAUCAACCGAAACACGUAUGCAAUUCACCACGCACUGCCACAGUAAAAUCCAAAUCUGCUAUGAGAAUGAUGAACACAAUCCCUCAAAAUAAUAAAACAUGUCAUCCACUGACUAGUAAUGGAGAUUCAACACCAAGUAAAUCUAUAUUAUCAGGUGAAGUUGAUUCUCGUGAUAUGUGCAUUAAACGCUCUGCUGAAACUAAACGCAUUCAUGAUAAUUUAGAAUGUGACAGAUUGAAUUAUGAACCAAUGUACAAUUGUAAACCAAAUUUGUGUCAUGUAUCGUUGGAACAUCAGAGUGGAGCCAUAAAUUCACUUUUAAAAUCUGAUUUAGAUACUAUGAGCUCCGGUGAAGUUGUACCAAAUCAUUCAGAUGUCAGUUCUCUUCCAUCCCAGCCAAUUGGUCCUGCAGUUCACAACAAAGAAUCAAAUAUUUUAGGCACUGAUUAUCUAACUGAAACUCAACAAUUGAUAACAGAACCAACAGAUUUAAGUUUAGCUAUGCUGUGUCACAGAAUCAGUCGUUUACAGACCGAAGCAGAAGCUGUGGCUAAAGCGAUCUCGGUCAAUAAUAAUAACAACAGUGCUUGUAUCAGAAAUAAACAAUCUACGAAUAAUUUACCGAUUAUCAAUCAACAGUUUGCUAGUCCAGUAGAUGAAGCACAAUCACUCCGAACCGAUUCAAAUAGUCGUACAAUGAAUGAGAUACAGAUUCAUCAUUCACCGGGAAAAUCUGAUGAAGGUCUCGGUAGAUCAGUCAGUAAAAGUGAACAGCCAAGUCAAUUAGACAAUGCUGCUAAUAAUAAUGUUUAUGAUCAAGGCGAUACUUGA